UGCCGGGCCCGGCGGUGGGCGCGGGUCCCGUAGGGCGGGCCGGGAGCGCGGCGGGGCCGCGGGCGGCGGGGCCGGGGGGACGCGGGGCCAUGGACGAGGCCGAGCCGAACGAGCGCAGCCCUUUGCUGAGCAGCGGCGAGCGCGGGCGGGCGGCCAGCAGCGCCUUCCAGGGCCGGCGGCUGGCCUGCGCCGCCGUGCUGCUGGCCGAGCUGCUGGAGCGAGUGGCCUUCUACGGCAUCACCUCCAACCUGGUGCUGUUCCUCAACGGGCCGCCCUACAACUGGGAGGGCACCCAGGCCAGCCAGGCGCUGCUGCUCUUCAUGGGCAUCACCUACCUGGUGUCGCCGUUCGGGGGCUGGCUGGCCGACGCCCUGCUGGGCAAGUUCGGCACCAUCCUGCUCAGCAUGGCGCUCUACCUGCUGGGCAUGCUGGCCUUCCCCGUGGUGGCCGCGCCGCACACCCGCCAGGGCCUGUGCGGGGACAUCCCCCUGUUCCCCGUGGAGAACUGCUCCUCGCCGGCCGCCAACGCCACCCCGGCGCCCUGCUCCCAGCUCGGAGCCACCCGCUACUGUGCCACCGCCACCUUCGUGGGACUGGUCCUCGUGGGGCUGGGCGUCGGCUCGCUCAAGGCCAACAUCACCCCGUUCGGGGCAGACCAGGUCAAAGACCGGGGUCCAGAAGCCACAAGAAGAUUUUUUAAUUGGUUUUAUUGGAGCAUUAAUUUGGGAGCCAUCCUGUCUCUGGGAGGCAUUGCUUACAUCCAGCAGAACGUCAGCUUUGUCAUCGGAUACAGCAUCCCAACAGUUUGCAUUGGGAUUUCAUUCAUGGUUUUCUUAUGUGGGCAGAGCUUCUUCAUCACCAAACCUCCUGAUGGCAGUGCCUUCACAGACAUGUUCAAAAUUCUCACAUAUUCCUGUUGCUCCAAGAAGAGCCCCGGGGAACAUUCAGCAAACAGUGAAGUUCAGGGAGUGCUGCACCCGCCCCGCAAGCAAAGCCUCUUCGAGAUGGCCAAGUUGUCUCGGGGGGGGCCCUUCAGGGAAGAUAAAGUAGAAGAUGUAAAAGCUCUUGUCAAGAUCAUCCCUGUCUUUCUGGCUUUAAUACCUUACUGGACAGUGUAUUUUCAAAUGCAGACAACAUACGUACUGCAGAGCCUGCACCUGAAAAUCCCCGAGAUAUCCAACGACACCAACUCCAUCCACACGUUUCCAGCAGCCUGGCUGACCAUGUUUGAUGCAGUGCUAAUCCUGAUCCUCAUACCCUUAAAAGACAAACUGGUGGACCCCAUUUUGAAGAGGAAUGGCUUGCUGCCAUCCUCACUGAAGAGGAUUGCAGUUGGAAUGUUCUUUGUGAUGUGCUCUGCCUUUGCUGCAGGAAUUCUGGAAAGCAACAGACUGAAAAUUGUGAAGGUUAAAACAAUUAACCAGACAAUUGGGAAUGUUACAUACCAUGCUGCAGAUUUGCCAAUCUGGUGGCAGAUUCCUCAGUAUGUGCUGAUUGGAUUCAGUGAAAUAUUUGCAAGUAUAGCAGGUCUAGAAUUUGCAUAUUCAGCUGCUCCCAAAUCUAUGCAGAGUGCAAUUAUGGGGCUGUUCUUUUUCUUUUCGGGGAUUGGAUCCUUUGUUGGCUCUGGAUUGUUGGCACUGGUGUCUAUUAAAGAAAUUGGCUGGAUGAGUAAUCACACAGAUUUUGGUAAUAUUAAUGGCUGCCAAUUAAACUAUUACUUCUUCCUGCUGGCCGCUAUCCAGGGAGCCACCCUCCUGCUUUUCCUCAUCGUCUCUGUCAAGUACGAGCACCACAAGUCCAAGGGGAGCGAGGUGGCUGCCAACGGGAGGCUGUGAGUGCUGCCAGCGCCGGCACCGGGGACAGCGGGGACAGCCAGGGCCCGGGAGGGGCUGUCCUGCCCCGGGGGACUCUGCAGCACCGGGAGGGGCUGUCCUGCCCCGGGGGACUCUGCAGCACCGGGAGGGGCUCUCCUGCACCCAGGGGACUCUGCAGCACCGGGAGGGGCUGUCCUGUCCCUCUGCAGCACCGGGAGGGGCUGUCCUGUCCCUCUGCAGCACCGGGAGGGGCUCUCCUGUCCCUCUGCAGCACCGGGAGGGGCUCUCCUGUCCCUCUGCAGCACCAGGAGGGGCUGUCCUGUCCUGGGGGACUCUGCAGCACCGGGAGGGGCUCUCCUGCACCCAGGG